AAAGAUUUGAAUGAUUGGAUUCAGGUGAAAAGACAGAAGCAUAAGUCUCGGGGAUUCCUCGGUGAUGCUCAGCCUAGGAAUCGUCAAUCAUCAUCCUCCCGCACCGUCAGAUUCAUCGCGCUCAUCUCGUCCCACUCCCACUAGUAUAUAGGAUUCACUUCACCCAUCAUUAGCCCUUCAAAAGAAGAGCUUUUUCCCUUUCGGGCCGACAUGGGUGCGGUUAAAUCGGCGAUCGCCGACGGAGUCCUGACUUUCAUGUGGGUGUUCUGCGCGUCGACGCUAGGGGCCGCGACGACGGUGGUGGCGGAGGCGCUCGGGCUCGGGGAGGCCGUCUUGCCGUGGGCGUCGCUGCUGAUAACCACCACGCUCGUCUUUGUCCUGGUGUUGGCGUUCGACCUGAUCGGGAGCGCGCUGGGCGGGGCGAGCUUCAACCCGACGGCCACCGCAUCCUUCUACGCUGCAGGCGUCGGCUCCGACGACCUUCUCUCCAUGGCUGUGCGGUUUCCUGCUCAGGCAGCUGGUGCUGUUGGUGGAGCGCUUGCGAUCAUGGAGGUGAUACCUUCACAAUACAAGCACAUGCUGGAAGGACCUUCUUUGAAGGUGGACUUGCAUACAGGAGCUUUUGCAGAGGGCGUUUUGACCUUUUUGAUCACCUUCCUCGUCCUCCUUAUCGUGCUCAGAGGGCCUCAGAGCUCCUUCGUGAAGACCUGGUUACUGGCCGCGGUGACCGUCGCCUUGGUAGUCGCGGGGUCUUCCUACACUGGGCCAUCUAUGAAUCCAGCCAAUGCUUUUGGGUGGGCAUAUGUGAACAACUGGCAUAACACAUGGGAACAAUUCUACGUCUAUUGGAUCUGCCCUUUUGUUGGAGCGAUAUUAGCAGCUUGGGUCUUCCGGGUUAUCUUCCCCCCGCCUGUCAAACAGAAGAAAGCCUAAGAAAGCACCUAGCUUUCUUCCUUCUGGGUGUCGGACAGCCGUCAUCCUCGAACUUGCUCGCCCGUCUUUGUUUUUUCUAUCUUUUUAGUUUACAGUGGUAGGCCUAGUUUCAUUCGUUGAUACAGAUUGGGACAUGGACGGCUACAGUGCACGUAAUAAUGAAAGUGGACAGUUGCUAUCUUUCCAUCCAAACUUCUCUUGCUUGGGCCGGAACUGUUGUAUGGA